AUGCCGUGGGACGCGCGGCGGCCCGGGGGCGGCGCGGACGGCGGGCCCGAGGGUGCGGGCGCUGCGCGCUCCCGGGCACAGAAGCAGUGCCGCAAGUCGUCGUUUGCUUUCUACCAGGCGGUGCGCGACCUGCUGCCCGUGUGGCUGCUGGAGGACAUGCGCGCCAGCGAGGCCUUCCACUGGGACGAACGCGGCCGCGCAGCCGCCUACUCGCCGUCCGAGGCGCUGCUGUACGCGCUCGUGCACGACCACCAGGCCUAUGCGCACUACCUGCUGGCCACCUUCCCACGCCACGCGCUCGCGCCGCCCUCCACCGGCUUCCGCUGCUGCUCCGCGCCCGGGGCGCACGUGGCGCUGGCCGUGCGCUACAACCGCGUGGCGGUGCUGCGGCGCAUCCUGCGCGCGCUGCGCGACUUCCCGGCCGAGGAGCGCGCGUGCCUGCUGGAUCGGCGCGGCUGCAGCCGCGUGGAGGGCGGUGGCACGGCGCUGCAUGCCGCCUGCGAGCUGGCGCGGCCCGAGUGCCUUUUCCUGCUGCUCGGCCACGGCGCCUCGCCUGGCCUGCGCGACGCGGAUGGCCUCACUCCGCUGGAGUUGCUGUUGCGCCACCUCGGCCGCGAAGCUGGUCCUGUGGCCGAAGCUCCGGCCACCACCGGUCCCGGGGAGCAGCGUCAGCGUCGCCUGCUGCUUUUGGACUUACUGGUGCUGUACACGCCCGCGGGCGCCGCUGGCCCUGCUCGCCGCGAGCUGCUGGGUGACCGGCUGCGCUGGCAGCGGCUGCUGGGUGAGGACAAGUUCCAGUGGUUGGCGGGCCUGGCGCCGCCAUCCCUCUUCGCACGUGCCAUGCAGGUUCUGGUCACCGCCAUUUCUCCUGGCCGCUUCCCCGAGGCCCUGGACGAGCUGCCGCUGCCGCCCUUCCUUCAGCCAUUGGACCUCAUGGGCAAGCGGUAG